AUGCCCCCAACAUGCCACCUGGAUCUUCAGCAGAUAGGACACCUGGGAUCAGCCCCAGGAUCAGUGACGAAAGUGUUUGUGGCUCUCCCACUAGCACUGCAGAGGAGAAGUACAGAGCAUGAACAGCUUUCUGUGUUGCUAGGCAGGUUCUUCUGCUGGCUCCGGGCCCAAGAUAAACUGGGAGCCUGGGCCCAAAUCCUCCAACAUGGCAAAUGGGAAAUAUUUAUCUGGACUGGUGUGCACUUGGUACAUUUUGACAAAACCUGCAAAAUAUCCCCGUGUAGUGGAGGCAAUGUGCACUUGGCCAAUGAGGCUUCCACACCAAGUUUCAUCAGCAAUGGCUAUAAGACACAGCAGAGUAAUUAUGAUCUUUUAAGAAAAUGUAGAAGUAAGCAGUGCUUCUACGAGGACAUCACCCAGGGCAACAAGUACACCCUCAAGUUCCAGGUGACUACUGGUGGUCAUUAUGUUGUAGAUUGCUGGUUGGAAGAUCCUGAUGGUAUGGUGUUAUACAGAGAAAUGAAGAAACAGUAUGAUAGUUUUACCUUCACUGCAUCCAGAAAUGGAACAUACAAAUUUUGUUUCAGCAAUGAGUUCUCUACUUUCACACACAAAACUGUGUACUUUGAUUUUCAAGUUGGAGAAGAUCCAUCACUGUUUCCCAGUGAGAACAGUGCUCUUACACAGAUGGAAGCUUCUUGUGUUUCAAUUCAUGAAGCUUUGAAGUCUGUCACCAACUACCAGGCUCAUUUCCGACUAAGAGAAGCUCAAGGACGCAGCUGGGCAGAGGAUCUAAAUACCAGAGUGGCCUAUUGGUCUGUUGGAGAAGCCAUCAUUCUUCUUGUUGUUAGCAUAGGGCAGGUAUUUCUUCUGAAAAGCUAUUUCUCAGAUAAAAGAACCACAACAACCUGA